AUGGAGGACGGUUGGGCUGAUAGGCAUGGCCGCAUACUCCUCCGUUGCGCUGCGCAAGCCCUGCGCUUGGGCGUGGAAUCACAGGGCAAUAGACCUGAUUAUGAUGGUCCCGUCGUACCCUACCUUGGCCUCGAGAAUCUCGGUGCCACAUGUUAUCUUAAUGGUCUUCUACAAAGCCUGUUUCUCAUACCACAAUUCCGUCGAAUCGUAUAUUGCUCAACUCUAGCGGCCGACUCUGGCAAGCUGGCCUCCCAGCCCUCUUCUCCCAGUCGGUCCGCCUCCAAUGGCCUCCAAAUAGUGCUGGCCCUCCAAAGCGUCUUUUUCAAGCUCGAGAGUGUCACCAGGGCCCCCGACUCGCCUCCAUCAGAAUCCUCCAAUGGGAUGAAUGGGCGAUCUUCUAGAGCUGCUUCCCGUGGGGAGGAUUCUAGUAAGGCCGUGAGCUCAGAAGUCCUGGUGCGGGCCUUUGGUUGGGAUACUGCCGACCUGUUCACGCAGCAGGAUGCCCAAGAGCUCUCGAGACUCCUGUGUGACAAGCUCGAGGAGAUGCUGAAACCGUCGAAAUCUGACAAGCUCAUUCGGGAGCUGUUCGUGGGGAGGCUGGAGAACUACAUCGAAUGCCUCGAUGUUGAUUAUAAGAGUACUAAGGAGGAGGUCUUCUAUGAUCUACAGUUGAAUGUCCUGUCACUUACUGGAGAGCCUCUGGGCUCGCUGGAGGACUCCCUUAAGGAGUACUUACAGCCGGAAGUGAUGGACGGUGAUGACAAGUAUGAUGCCGAGAAGUUCGGGAAGCAACGGGCCAGGAAGGGUCUGAGGCUCUUGUCGAUGCCACCAGUGUUCACGGUGCAGCUCAAGCGGUUCUGCUUCUCGGUCGACACCAUGGACAUGCAAAAAGUCAAUGAAUACUUCCAGUUUGGGGAUGUCCUCGAUAUGUCGCCUUAUCUGGACUGUCCACCGUCGAAUGCAGCGGACAGCGAAUACGUCCUACACACUGUCCUCGUCCACAACGGUAACGUCUAUGGCGGUCACUACUACGCCUUCGUCCGGCCUGAGCUCGGCCAGCCUGGUGGAGAGGAAAAAUGGUACCGGUUUGAUGACGAAAACGUGACUCGAGUGACCAAGGAAGCAGCGGUUGAUGAUAACUUUGGCGGGCCCUUCCCUGCCGAGUUUGAGAACCCUUUCGUGGAGGCGGAUACACGCCCUGCCCGAUCUACUGGCACUAGACGGUCGUCGGCUGGAGGCCGGCAGCAGCAGCAGGGCCGCAGCAACUGCAAGACUCAUAGCGCCUACAUCCUCACUUACAUCAGGUAUUGGGAUAAUACGUACACCGAACUCUCGCUGGAUCCCUAUAAGCUUUCGUCCGAUCGAGUGUGUGCCUUUAGACGGUCGGCUUUAGAGUGGGUGAUGAGGCCAUGCUCCUUGUCGGAAGUGAACCCCUAUCUCCAUCGUAGACUAUUAGCCUCCACCAAUACACCCACUAGUAAGUCGGAAGAGCUCGCUGCUGUUGCAUCUUGGGCAUUGCUCGUGUUGAUAGGCAACUCGUCUAACCCCAGUUCGCUGGAGACCCCUGAGGAAGGCAGCCCAGAGGGGGAGUCUGCCGAACAGACAGUAGACGUUAGUGUUGUGUGCCUGAAUAACGUGUCACUGGUACAACUACUCUCACGACAGUACACUUGGAACCCCGCAUCAGUGGUCGACCAAAUCAUGGCAGCUCUCGCGGAGGACCCCCAGAAACCCAAACUGCCGCCUGGCGCUACUCACACUAUUGUCAGCUCGGGAACUCUGGUCGAGUCUUUGGCCUCCAUUGAAGGUGUUCGAGGCCGGUCUAUCGUCCCCAACGGAGCCCCGCCUCCCUCCAGUGUUAAAGUAUAUCAGCUCGGCCGUGUCGAGAUGAGUCCAUCAUCCAAGGACAUGCCAGCAUUGAAAUUUGUUGAAGUCAUUGGCGGAUACUUCCUCAGUAUGUGUUUACCUCGCAGUGCUUGCAGGGAGCAUCCACUAGCUGGUCAAGUCGCGAGACCUGUGAUGAUAAUAAUGCUGGCAGAUGAGCAGAGCACUCCUAAGCUAGAGGUGGCCGACACCUUGGGAAAAAAGUCCAUUGCAGGGAUUCACUUCGGGAGCAAAUCACGACUCGUGAUGCUGCGCUACUUUGAUCCUAUCAACAGAACUCUGCAGUUCCUCACUACGGCCACCAUCACCCCAUCACCGGCUGGUCUUGCCAAAGUUGCUAGGUACGUUAUUAAUAAGAGGUUCGGUCGAGCUUCGGAGGCGGCCCAUGCCACGGAAAACCUGGCCGAGCGGACGGACUGGAAGCUGUUCCUCGAACGAGAUGGCAGCGCUAUAGAGGUUGAUGCUCUCAGCGACAUGAACAAGUCAGUAUUCAACGAUGUCCUUGGGAAGUACCAACGUAGCAUUAGUGAUGGUGAGGUCAUCGUUGUGCAGUGGUACCAGGAAGGAGUCUUCACGCUUGGCCAGUAUUUUGAGUCCCUCAAGCACUCAGCGCCCGUCACCUUUUUCGCCCACGACCCCUUCACUCGUCUCCAUGGCCCGGGUGUGGACUUCGUUGACACGACAGCAUCGAGUGAAGGGCCUCCUCGGUACACUACACACGAGGCGAUGGUUGAUAUACGUAUCCCACUGCAACAAGCUGUGAUGGAUCUAGUAGAAGCGAACAGAGACUCCAGCAAGCCGUCUCAAUUCCUAUACACCUAUGACCCGUUUUUCGUACCCCUCGACUCCGGUGAGAGCAGCGCCUUGGAUGAUUGCAUCUGCCGAGAUUUGGCUACACUAGCAGAAGGAGACCACGGUGGAGCCUUCUCCCAUCUGGAGCCCUUCGCACAUCCCGAGUUGCAUCUGGUAUUCUUGCGUAAACCAGAGCAUGCCAGUCCAGAGUUGAUGCCAAUGAUGUGCAGGGCGUUCGAUGGUCCGAGGGAAGUAGCGGCCACAGUAGUCUGGUACAAGCCCGCCGACCUACUCACUGACGUCAUCCGUCUAGCUUUGGAUGCCUUGAAGGGAUCGGAAGUAAAGUUUGGUCUGAAGUCUGGCAUCAGAGCUAUGGUCACCUCUGCGGCUUCCCAGGAGACGGUGGACGAUCCGAAAUCGAAGAUCUUGAUGAUAUUGGAUUCGGAAGACCCCACUUCACAGACCUUCGAAAACGUUCGAGCCACGGAGUUGCCCUGUGCUGGGAGGAGCGACAUUUUCUCCGGCCGAGUGGGAGGGAAUUACCUCCGAAUUGAAGAGAGUGUUGAGAAGAAGGGCGGUGAAGAAGUGCCACGCCACCCGUAA